CAUAGUCGAUUGUUGGUCACGCCCACUUGCCUACAAACACCCGGUUCAAGAUGGCGACAUUGACAAAGCUGUGGCAACAACACUCAAGUAUCUUUUUAGUAGUUGUUUUGGCCAUUUUACAACUUGUUACAUGCGCUUCACUAAACAUUCAAGGACUUCCCAUGUCAAAAGGAUUAGAAAUCAUAAAAAAUGUAACUCCUGCCAGCCCUCCCCCAUCCACAUCAAGCCAUUAUAAGAGCACAUCAGAAACGCAAAACUUGAUGAAAUCGAACAACGUGGCUAUUGAUCUACUCACAAGCAAUGCAACAGCAUCCACAACACAAGCAACCCCCAAACCAACGAGUGGAGCUAAGGUGAGUUCAGAAGACUCCAAGCCUAUUGAUUCUAACCAAAGUGUGCCAAAAUCAACUAACCUUCCUGAAUCCAAGCCACCUAUUUUCACUGAUUCUGUUAAAGAAGAACCAAGUCUCUCUUUGGAUUUUGAGUCCACCACCUCUCCUGUUGAGAUAGACACAAAUGAUAAUGUGGACUAUGAAGAUGAAUACAUGAGGCUUGCAGAAAAUGGUCAACGGGGCGAAAGCAAAAUCUUCAGUCAGAACCUUCAGGAUGAUGCCAAUUUUAUCAAGGACAUUGCUAAAGACAUGCCAGAGAGGUCUGGAAAAAUUGAUAUCCACAUGAAGGACACCACCAUCUAUGCCACUCAAGAUGAAGACUCACAUUUCUUCCUCCACCUGGUGAUCAUUGCUUUGCUGGUGGCCAUAGUGUACAUCACCUACCACAAUAAAAGAAAGAUAAUGCUCCUGGCUCAGAGUCGGCGCUGGAGGGAAGGCCUUUGCACUCGCAGCAUAGAAUACCAUCGGCUUGACCAGAAUGUUGAUGAGGCAAUGCCUUCAUUGAAGAUGACCAAUAAUUAUGUCUUUUAAAACAACCGCAUACCAUAAUGUUAUAGAUGAAUAUUAUAAUCUUUAAAGAUAGAGUUGAGGUUAUUAAUUGUGAAUGCAAACUGCUGAUUUUAAUUUUCAGGAUACUUUUGUGUAUUUAGAGUGAAUCAAGAAACCUUGUGUAUCCAGUUUGUGUUACCCUAAUUAUCUAUUUUCUUUACUGUUUUUCAGAUAUUUCAGGGAUAGACUGGCUAAUAUGUUUUUCUGUGGCUUUUGAGAGGGCUAUGUCACUAUUUAAUGAUUUAAUUAGUGUAUUAAAUAUAAAAUUUAAUAUUGAAUGUAACCA